GUAUCCUGGAAGAAGAAAGACGAGACGAACUAAUUCCACCAGUACUGGAUGCGCUGCUUGAUUUCCAUAUCAACUUUCUGCGACGAUUGCGUCAAAAAAGAAAAGAAGCCGCUGUUGUGGAUUCGAUAUCAGACAUUGUAUUCUCUGAGUUUGAUAAUGGUGGCCGCAAUAGGGCUGCCGUACACGCAUAUACCGAAUUCUGCUCAAAAUACGAUCGGUGUGGUCGCUUGUACGAUGAGUGGAGGAUCAAAAACACCGAAAUUAGAAAAUUUUUUGAUGUAAGC